CUGAUUACUCACUGGGAUUAAGAUGUAGCUAUGACUAAUUCAUUAUUACGUGGUACCAUUCUCACCGUUCAAAUAUGUUGAAUCUUAUCUCCACACUCUACAUUACUUCAAUUUUUCAUAUCACUUUCAAACCGUUACUAUCUCUGACUUCAUCAAAUACUAUCAUUUAACUAAUUCAUAUAUUUCCACACAUCAUUAACCAUUUAACAACAUUCUCUUCCUCAGCAAGAAACACCUAAACAAAUACAAGUUUUACGAUGAAAACCAAUGAAAAUAACCACGUCAUUGAUAUUUGGAAACUAGACAAAGAAAGAUUAGCUUCAAUGCAACUCAAAAUUUCACAAAACCCAAAACUACUAAGCAAGUCCGCAGGAAAAAGAUCUUGUAGCAUCUUGAGAGUUCCACAAAGCCUGAUUGAAGCUAACGGAAAAGCAUACCAACCUCGUAUUGUUUCCAUUGGACCUUACCAUCGCGGACAACCUCGUCUCAACAUGACCGAAGAACAUAAAUAUUCUUACCUUAAUUCUCUUCUCACAAGAACACAAUUACCCUUACAAGAGAUUCUAAACGCCGUUGCUCCAUUAGAAAACAAAGCUAGAGAGUGUUACUCUGAAGUAAUUCAACUCGAUUCACAAGAAUUCGUUGAAAUGAUGGUUCUUGAUGGUUGUUUCAUCAUUGAACUUUUUCGUAAAGUUUCAAGAUGUGUACCUUUUGAAGAUGGUGACCCAUUAGUUCACAUGGAAUGGAUUCUACCCUAUUUUUACAGGGAUUUUCUUAAGCUUGAAAAUCAAAUACCUUUCUUUGUUCUUGAACGCUUGUUCGAAAUUUCAAAACCAUCCCGUGAAAACUCAACGUUUACACUUUCAAGUCUUGCUAUGGAAUUCUUCAACAACUCGUUACAAAGACCAGAAGAAGUAAUCGCGACGGUAUCAAAGCAAAACGAGGUACCAAAGCAUUUACUUGAUUUGGUUCGUUCGAGUUUUAUUCCAGUUAGCGAAAAAGAAAAAGAGCACAAGAGAAUAAAAACACCUACACACGUGAUUCAUUGCGUCUCGAAGCUUCGUCACGCUGGGAUUACGAUAAAUCCAGGGAAGAACAGCGAGAGAGAAAGCUUCUUGCAAGUGAAAUUCAAACACGGUGUGAUAGAAAUGCCAACAAUUACUAUGGACGAUUUCAUGAGUUCGUUUUUACUAAACUGUGUUGCUUUUGAACAAUGUUAUAGUGGUUGUUCUAUGAAGUAUUUCACAACCUAUGUAACAUUAUUGGAUUGUUUGAUAAAUACUUAUAGGGAUGUUGAGUAUUUAUGUGAGAGGAACAUAAUUGAGAACCAUUUUGGAGCAGAAGGUGAAGUGGCACAUUUUUUUAAUAAUGCUGGAAAAGAUGUUGUGGUUGAUUUGGAUUUGAGUUAUUUGUCUGGUUUGUUUAAUGAAGUUCAUCAUUAUUAUGGAAAUAGUUGGCAUGUUACAUGGGCUAGUUUCAAGUACACUUAUUUUGAUACACCUUGGUCUUUUAUCUCUGCUUUUGCUGCUUUAGUAUUGCUGAUUCUCACUGUUGCUCAGACUUAUUUUGCAGCUUAUCAGUAUUUUCAUAAUUAAAUUUUUAUGAUUAGAGGAUUGUGCUAUCAGCUUUGUAUCAUGUAAUCAAUUUAUUGGUAUCAUUGAAGAGUUAUUUGAUUUUA